AUGGACCCCUUCACCUUGCUCGGUGACUUUGAAAUCGCCCACCUCGUCGAGUAUCUGCCUCCUGUCGAUCUUAUACGCCUCCAGCUCGUCUCCAAGCACUGGCGAGCAGUCCUCAACUCCCCAUACAUCUCCCGGAUCGCCUUACUCCACCACUUUCCACAUGUUCCCCAAUCACGGGAUCUUCGCGACUCGCAUACCCGAGCCGAUGCUCCUUCACUAGAUGUUACGUUGCUGUGGCGACGAGUGGUGUACCAGUACCACACGCGGAGGACAGGCCAACCGACACGUAUGCACCAGGUAUUGUUAAACUUUGCAGAUGCGAUGAUGGAGUGGGACGUAGGCGAGGGAAAGGUUGCAUGGAUAUCAAAUCGGACGGAUAAGGUACUGCGAGUGAAGAAUUUGGAGGGAGACGGUGAGGUUCGGGAGAUCGACAUCAGUCCCUGGUGGCUUGAGGAGGAUGAGGAGGGUGUGGCGGGAUAUCUGAGAGUACAAACUUUGAAGAUCGUUAAAGGGCUUGUGAUACUAUCGAUGGAGUAUUCUCUUGGCUGGGGAGGAUAUGAUCAUCCUAGUUUCUCGGGGAGCCGCGCUAAGUUCAUUGUGAUCGACCUGUGUACAGGUGAGCUAGCAUGGAAGUAUCGAAUGCACCCUCAACAGACGAUCUUAGGUGAGCUCGAAUGGAGCGAGGGCAAGCUCUUCUACCUCCGACGAACACCAAUUCUUAGCUUUGAUGGUCUUGACACCUCUGCCCGGUCGCUCGUGCAUUUUGUGAUACAUGAUAUGUUCACUGGCGAUAUAACUGCCGAGAUGCCAUUGGAAAACGGGAAUGAUGUGGUGGCGUACAGAUUUUUGAGCUACGAUGUCAUGGUUGUUGACCGCCCGCUGAAGCAUUUUAUCCUUGUGCGGGAUCACUGCGAGACAGAUACGCGCCUGGAUUUACUGGCUACCAUAUAUACGCUGUCCGGGAAGAUUGUUGGAAAAUUUCUCAUCUACCCCGAAGAUAUCACCUCUGGUGAACGAAAUGUGGCCAGGAAUAUAUUUGUGGACUUUACGCAUCGACAUGAUGUUUUUAACAUCACUGAAACGUUCUUCUGUGAUUUCUCAGAACCUAUGAUUCCUGCGGUUCUCCGCGAGGCAGGUAUGCAGUUAUCAUCUCGGCAAAAGCCACCGAAAGCAGUGCUGUUCAAUUCCUGGAGCAUAGCUCCAGAGCGGGGUGGGACGGGGUUUGCAGUGGAGCAGAGGAGAUAUGAGAGCCCUAUUGUUGCAGUAGACCGUGUGCAGUCACCCACGCACCAUAUUGCUGGGGAUAUAGGCUUGAGGGGCAGUGCAGAAAUACUAUUCUCGACGUUGGAUGUCGGCGUGAUAUGCUACGACAUGGGAUCUGAGGAGAUUGGAAUCGAUGUGGCAGUGUAUGAGGAGCGGCCGAAAGAGGAGCAGAACCUGAAGGGUAUUGUACGACAUGAGCAGGUUACAAGACGGAGAAUCACAGAUAAGAGAAUCGUUAAUAGCCCUGGACGCGAAGUGGUGAAACAGGCUGAGGGGGACUUGCAGAUCGGAAAGUUUGAUAAGGACGGCGGCUUACAGGUGAAGGGCGAGGUACAUUGCGACUAUUGGUAUUGUGUCAAGUGGCUUGACCGAUAUCUAACGUUCCAUACGUGGUGGGGACCCUAUGUCGAUGAUCCUCCAGAGGGCUCCGGAAUUUUGGUGCUGGACUUUCACCCGCCAUGGUAA